AUGCAGGCCAAUAAUGACCUAGUCCGUAAGUUGCAAGACACUCAGCAAGAACAGAAGGCCGCAAUGGAUAUGCUAGCCAAACAGAUGUCUCAUAUUGCCACCUCGUUGAAUGAGAUGCGUGGAAACGAAGGAAGAAUCCCUGCCUCGGUGAAACCACCGGACAGAGCAAACAUCAGUCAAAUCACCUUAAGAUCGGGAAGGGAGUACAAAGGGCCAACGAUGAAGAUUGAUGAUCAAGAACUGACUGUGAUGAGAACUAAAGUGGAAAAUGAAGAAGUGAGGAGAGAAUCUGGAGAGUUUUUCAAGGGAGACUCCAGCAAGACAGUUAAGCCGUUUCCCUAUCGUGGGGAAGCCAGAAAAAGGAAGGAUGAUCAAGCUCUGAAAUUACCUCUCUUCAGUAAGUUUAUCAAGGAAUUCAUUGCGGGUAAGACCAAGUCAGAUGGGAAAAUCGUGAUCGGAGAGAAUAUUUCAGCAGUGAUACAGAAGAGGAGGCUGUCAUCAAAGAGAACCGACCCAAGUAUGUUUGCUUUACCUAUUUCAAUUGGUAACGUGAAAAUUGAGCAUGCAAUGUGUGACCUGGGUGCGUCAAUAAAUGUUUUACCUCUUUCGCUUUCCAAGAAAUUGGCUGAUAGGUCAUGCAUAAGCCCAGAAUGUAUGUUAGAAAAUGUGAUAGUUAAGGUGCAUGAUUUCCUAUAUCCUGUUGAUUUCCAUGUGAUUAAAAUGAGUGAACAUGAGUCUGCUGAGUCCAGAAGAGUGCUUUUAGGUAGACCAUUCCUACGCACAACUAAGACUAUAAUUGAUGUUUUCGAUGGAAGAAUUUGUUUGGACUACCAUGGGGAGAAAUUCACUUUUAACAUUGAUGAGGCUUUGAAAAAACCUUUAGAUGUGGAAAAUCUUCAUGCCGUGGAUAUUAUUAACCCCUUGGUCCAGGAAUAUCUUGAGACUAAACUCAUGCAGGAAUAG